GUGGUAAUCGUUCGUGUACUGCUGUGUAUUCAAAAUGUAAAUAAAUCACCAUUUAAGCGGAAAUGGCUAACAAAGUUAAAAUGUUGUCUGAAGCAUUUUUCAUUAUAAUCUGUAUCUUUCUAACAAUGCACUUUGCUGAUGGCGCUACAAAGCGGAACUACGCUAUAUUACUAGAUCACGUUAAUUAUACCAUUCACCGACAUGGCUUAAUAGUUGUUGAGAAAUUCUAUUGUGGCCGUAAUAUAAUUGAUUUGAGCACCUUCACUUUACACAUACGUAUGCAACAAAAUAUUACUAAUUUUCAAAUAAAGGACAAUUUUAACAUUAUUCGUGAAGAUAAUGUCACAGUGAAUGAAGCAACAUCAGAGAUAACUAAUGCUUGUGAUAUGUUAAGUGGCAAUUAUGAGAAUAAUUUAAUCAAAUUAACUAUUAUAGAGUUACAACAAGUUGCUAAGCCGGUGAUUUUAUGUCCAUUGAUUAAGAACACACUUUAUACCAUCAACAACUACACCCUGAGACCGAGUGCAAUGCCAUCAUAUCUACCUUUAAUGAAUUUUAUUGAAACACUCCAAAUAUUCAUGAAUAAAAUUCUCUAUCUGGAUUUGAUUUUUGAGGGAAGAGUUGUUAAAGCAAGAGGAAAUAAGUAAAAUAAU